AUGGCUCUUGAUGAGUUGGUGCAAAUUCCAGAGGACUUGUGUGAAGAAGGAAAAGAUUUUCUAGGGAAGUGUUUUGCGAAGGACCUGAGUAAGCCGUGGACGGUUGAGAUGCUUCUAAGCCACCCCUUUGUUUCUGAUUAUGACACAGUUUUGGUGGAAGACAAGGGAGAGCUCUUUUGA